AUGUUUCGUCGCAUUGCACUUAAUGUGAAAUUAAAUGAAUUUAGUAACAAUUGUUCACGUAUGAUAUUUAUACACAAACAAUCGAAAUUAAAUAAUUUUCUUUAUUCAAUUAUAAAUAAUGUUAAUCGAAUACACAGUGACAGCAAAGUUGUUAAAAACGAAGAUCAAGACAGUCCAGGAAAUGCUAAACGAAAAAGAAACGAAAGCGGGAGUAGCAUCGAAAGUACCAGUCCUUCUCCUAUCAAAAAAUUUGAAGAUUCUGUGAAAGAGAAGUCAACAGUGAAAUCUCCUUCACCAUUGAAGAAAGCAAAUGGAACACCAAAAAUUAAACUAUCGCCUGCUCUUACAGCUAAGAAAGAUGAAAAGAAAACAGCUAAAACCCCACAUACUGUUUCUAAAAGGAAAAAGAAAGAUGAUGAAGGAACAAAAACUUCGAAGAAGAGUAAUACGAAAAGGAAAUUAAAUGACAAGUUAAAUGUGGUGGAACAAAAAGAAAAUGAAAUGAUUACAGAAAAUAAACCUGAAUCAAGUCCUGAAUUUUCAAAGUCUUCUCCUCAAGAAAUAAAAAGUAAAUCAAAUUUAAAAAAUAGUAAAAAAAAAGUUGUUAAAAAAAGGUCAAGAAUAAUAGCACCUGUUGAUGAUUCUAGUGAUGAAGAGGAGCAUAUUGUAUUGCCUGAUAGCCCACAAAAAGAAAAUCUUGAUACAGAAAGGAAACAUUCAGUUAAUAAAAACGAAAAAUCUAAUGAAACGGCAUCAAACAGUACAGAAAAAAAUGGAAAAGAAGAAAAGGAAGAAGAACACAGUACAGAAAAGCCUGUUAAGAAAAUCCAUAAUUUUUUUGCUCCAAAAGAGAAAGAAGAUACAAAGAAUACUGAUGAAGAUAAAAAAAAGUCUUCCAAUCAUUCCUAUAAUCCUAGUAUCUCAAAUUAUGAUCCGAUAAAUGAUGCAUGUUGGAAACAGGGUGAAAAGGUACCAUACAUUGCGUUGACACGUACACUAGAACUGAUUGAAAAUACUAGUGCUCGAUUAAAGAUGAUAGAAAUUUUAUCAAAUUAUUUCCGAUCUGUUAUGGUUUUAAGUCCAGAUGAUUUAGUUCCAAGCAUAUAUUUAUGUCUCAAUCAGUUAGCACCUGCUUAUGAAGGAAUUGAAUUGGGUGUGGCAGAAACGAAUUUAAUGAAAGCUAUAGCGCAAUGUACUGGUAGAACUCUAUCUCAAAUUAAAGCAGAUGUCCAAGUGGUUGGAGAUUUGGGCAUUGUAGCAGAAGGAAGUCGUUCUAAUCAAAGAACUAUGUUUCAACCUGCUCCAUUAACAGUAUCAAAUGUAUAUGCUAAAUUAAAAGAGAUCGCACAAAUGACUGGUUCUGCGUCUUUAACUAAGAAAUUGGAUAAAAUUCAAUCACUUUUUGUAGCAUGUCGUUUUACUGAAGCAAGAUAUUUGAUUCGGUCUUUAGGCGGUAAACUUCGAAUUGGUUUAGCGGAACAGUCAGUAUUACAAGCUAUAGCAUUAGCGUGUACUAUGACACCACCGAAGCAAAAGUUCCCACCGGAAAUUUUAAAUGCGAGUAAAAAGAUGUCAAACGAUACCUUUAAACAAAAAUAUGAUGAAACUGCACUUAUUAUUAAAACAACAUAUUGCGAAUGUCCAAAUUAUGACAAAAUAAUCCCUAUUUUAUUAAAAGAGGGAGUUAAUGAAUUACCAAAUAAAUGCAAAAUUACACCUGGAAUACCUAUGAAACCGAUGUUGGCGCAUCCUACUAAAGGUGUGCAAGAAGUACUGACGCGUUUCGAAGGAUUGAAGUUUACUUGUGAAUGGAAAUAUGAUGGAGAAAGAGCACAGAUUCAUUUAGCAGAGGAUGAUAAAAUUAGUAUUUAUAGUAGAAAUCAAGAAAAUAAUACUACGAAAUAUCCUGAUAUUAUAGGACGAUUUAAAAAUACCCGAGGAGAAAGAGUCAAAAGUUGCAUUCUUGAUUGCGAAGCAGUAGCUUGGGAUACCGAAAAUAAGCAAAUUCUGCCUUUCCAAAUACUCAGUACAAGAAAGCGCAAGGAUGCGAGUGAAGCAGAUAUUAAAGUUCAAGUAUGUGUGUUUAUGUUUGAUCUUUUAUAUUUUAAUGGAGAAUCGUUAGUAAAAGAACCUUUUAUAAAACGUCGUGAGUUAUUGAAAGACAAUUUCAAAGAAGUAAAUGGGGAAUGGAGAUUUGCAACUAGUUUAGAUACUUCAACAAUGGAACAAGUGCAAGAUUUCUUAGAUGAAUCAGUGAAAGGUAAUUGCGAGGGUCUUAUGGUGAAAACUUUAGAACAAGACGCAACAUAUGAGAUUGCUAAACGUUCUCGAAAUUGGUUAAAAUUGAAGAAAGAUUAUUUAGAUGGCGUAGGAGAUACAUUAGAUGUAGUAGUUAUUGGUGGCUAUAUAGGAAAAGGAAAAAGGACUGGAACUUAUGGAGGAUUUCUUUUGGCUUGUUAUGAUCAAGAAAAUGAAGAAUAUCAAAGUAUUUGUAAGAUUGGUACUGGAUUUAGUGAAGAGGAUCUCCAAAAGCACACUGAGUUCUUUAAAGAACAUAUAAUAUCACAAACUAAGUCGUACUAUCGUUACGAUUCAUCUCUCGAACCCGAUCAUUGGUUCGAACCCGUCCAAGUUUGGGAAAUUAAGUGUGCAGAUUUAUCUUUAUCACCUGUACAUAAAGCAGCUGUUGGUAUAGUUGACCCCGAGAAAGGGAUAUCUUUGCGAUUUCCGCGUUUUAUUCGCAUUCGGGAUGAUAAACCUAGCGAAGAGUCUACAUCUGCGCAACAAGUUGCAGAUAUGUAUAACAAUCAAGAGCAGAUAAAAAAUCAAGCAACUUCAACGAAAGUGGCUGAAGAAGAUUUUUACUGA